UGGUAAUCCGUUUCUGGUCACACCACUGUCAGUCGAAAUUAGUUUUGCAGGAGAGCAGUUCGGUCGUCAGUUGUAGAAACGCAAUUUAUAGAAACAAAACAUAAGCAACCGCGUCUGAGUGCCAGUGUGAUUUAUUUUUUUUAUUGUUUGGUGUUUAUUGUGCUCGUAAGCAGAUCAGUCAUAUCAGACAGACAGCCAGCCAGAAAGUCGAGCGCUGGGCAAUCGGAAUAAGUCCAAUUGGAAUUGCCCGAACCGCAGUUCCACGGAGUCGAGUGUUCCGUGUUUCGUAUUCCGGGGCAUUUUCCCCGCCGAAAGCCCCGCUCAACCCACAAGCAACUAGCCGAAUUAGGGGUUGCAAAGUUUUUGCAGCCAGUCCGGAAAAGUCAGUAGAACUUGUGUUCUGAAGGAAGAAAAGGGAAGCGCGCAAGUGAAGACUGCCCCCAAAAGUUUAAACGGAAUCGGAAGGGGACUCCGCCGAAUCCUUGAGAGAAUCCUUUGCGCGUGCCAUGCGUGACCUCGGCACCAAAAUGGCCGAGCUAAAAUUCGAGGCUCCAUUGGCAAAGUUCGAGGAGACGGACGAGUGGGGCGGCUGCGACUUCAUCUCGAAUCAGAAUGCCCUAAACGACACGCUCAACCUGAAUCUAAAGGAUUCCUCCUCCGGCGGCAAGCCGGAUGCGGCCAAGCUGCGCCUCCUGGAGGAUGCGGUACGCGAUGCGCAUGUGAGCAAGAACGGAGGAAGUGGAGUAGUGGGAGGAGGAGCUGGCUCCAUUAGCCCCAAUUGCAACACGCUGCAGGGCGGGUCGCUCAUAGAAAUCGGCCUGUCCGAUGUGGGAUUGGUGCCAGGCGAGGGAGCCGGUGUUGGUCUGGACGGUCUGGAGAAGCGCUCCCUGGCCGCCGGCGACCAUGUUGACAACUUCACGGAGACCUUCGGCGGGAGCCUGGAGGAUUUGGUCAACACGUUCGACGAAAAGAUAACCAAGUGCUUUGGCAACUACGAGGAGAACGUCGAGGAGCUGGCUCCGGUGCAGGUGCGCAGCCAGGAGGAGAUCAUGAACGAAUGCCAAAUGUGGUGGACCAUCACAGGAAACUUUGGCAACAUUCUGCCCAUCGACUGGUCCAAGUCGUACACCCGUCAGAUGCACAUGCCCACCCUGAAUCUGGGCCAGAACCACACGAAGCAGCAGCAGCAGGCCCGCAACCAGCAGCAGCAGUUGCACAACCAGAGCCACCAGGCGUAUCCACACACCAACGGGUCGGGAUCCGGAUCUGGGCUGGAUGCCCAGACUCCGGGCGAUGAGUUCAACGAUCUGACCAGCGAGGACGAGGCGGUGGCCAACGACCUGGACAUGCACGCCCUCAUCCUCAACGGCUUGAACGGGGACAUGGACGACCAGCCGAUCAAGACGGUGGAGGAGGUGAUCAAGGAGAUCGACGACAUCAUGGACGAGGCCGAGAGCCCGCUGGACGAGCCGGAGACCUGCGAUUCGGAGGUGAUCGAGAAGGCGCGAGAGGUGCUGGGCGCCCCCCUCUAUGCGGAAAAACUGCAAUAUCUGACCACGACACAGCUGAACGAGCUGUACAUGGAGAUGGAGGUGCUGAUCCAGGAGCUGAGCGAGACCUUGAUCAACGAGCUGGCCCUGCGCGACGAGCUGGAGUUUGAGAAGGAGCUGAAGAACUCGUUCAUCUCUCUGCUCCUGGCCGUCCAGAACAAACGGCGGCAGUACCAUGUGGAGAAGAAGCGCGGCAAGUUCCAGGGUCCCGAGCCCAAGUACUUGACCACAGUCAUUCCGUAUCACCUGGAGAACGGCACGCCCAACAAUCAGUCCCUGCAGGUCCUGAUCAAGAUUCUCAAGGCCAUCAACGAGGACAGCCCGACGGUUCCGGCCCUCCUUACGGACUACAUCUUGAAGGUGCUCUGCCCCACAUAAGCGCGCUAAGCGGUAGUCGCCGAGGAGCAGGAACCCAGCUGUCGCUCCAUCUCUACGUCUGUGUUUAUACAAUUGAACCGUACAUCUCUAUACAACUUGCAUAUACACACCGAACCACACCACACAUAAUUUAAUGAUUAGUUCGUACGUUAAAUUAUUGCUUAAAUGCAAUCCUCUCGAUUCUCUCCGGGGAGGAGAAGAUUUCCACACAAACCGGAGAGCGCCAGGACUCUAGUGAUUGGAUAACAACGCUUCGUCUGUCCAAUGCGAGGCGCCCAAGGUGGGGUCUUCUUGUCAACAGAGUCAACGGCCUUUUCCUGGCCGAUCCCCGACAGAACAAAAUAUGCAACAAAAUAUACAUGUAAUACAAACAUAUAUAGACACAUAUAUAUAACGAAAUAUUUGCGGAGAGCGCGCUCGAAGAACUCAGCCAGUCCUCCCAUGGCAAUAAUACUCAAUUCUCCGCCGCCUCUCUUUCUCUUUAAGGAGCCUUCGUAUUGUUAUAGAGCCGACUCCAACUAAGCUUAAAUAUAUAUGGUAAAUGCAUCUAGGCCAGUUGCAAGUCUGCCGCCUGUCGCCGCCGGUGCAGCGUUAACUUUUCGUCUAUAUGUGAAAUAUGCAGAUCUAAAACGAUACACAGCUUGCAUUUUGUUCGCUCAGCUUUCUGCGAUCGAACGAGCGGGCUUAUCUGUGAGUUCGGUUCGGCAGCCAAUCACUAGGUUUUACAAUAAGGAACUUGUAUGUAAUAUAUAUGUAACUUGAUCAUAAGAGGUGUGUGGCCCUGGAGAAUCCGCCGUUUCGAAAUGUGUUCCGUGUGCAAUUUACAAAUACCAUUUGAUGAGAUGGCUUCAGACUCAGACUUAGACUCAGAAAUAGGAACAGAAACAGAAUCAGAAUCAGUUGCAGCAAUUGUUUUCGCUUCGCUUUAAGUUUACUACGCCUAAUUUACUCAUUUUUUUAUUGUUUACGAGGCCAUAAAACGCGUUCUGUUUUGUUCAAAACAAUUGUUUAAUGUGAAUGGAGGAAACACAAAUUUAAUUUUAAUUUGCAUAGAAAACGCUGUGUUAUUUACUUUUACCAAACAAGCAUAAAUAAAACGCUAAUGAUUAAUGAUUAAUGAUAAUUAUGAUUACGAAUAAAUCGAAUAAUAGCUAAAACUCAGUCAGGCGCACAGUGCUCUUCUUUUUCUUCUUCAUUAUGAACCACUACCCAUUAUAGCCAGUAAAUCGGUACUCCGUAAUCGGUCCUUACCUCCUAAGCUACCAGCCACACUAGCAAGCGAACUUAGAGCGAUAAACGAGUAGGGGAAGUACAAGUAUGAGUACAAGUAAAGAUACAUCAAGUUGCAUCAAGUCCAAAUGAACCACAUUAUAUCAUGUCUCACAUCUCACACGACAAAACUAAGCGAAGAAGGAAGAGCGCUCGAAGAUUCCAGCCCAUUUGAUCAGUCCAUUGAUCUUCGUUCAUGGAUCGGCUCUUCAGAUAGAAGAAUGAAUAGUGGAUAAUGAAUCACAUCUAAUGCAAAUCUUAGGUACCUUUGUUAGUAAACGAUAUGCAAGAUAUACAUACCUAAAAUCGAAAACCUAUAUAAAAGACAAAGACAAAAUACACACUCAAGAGAAACAUAAAAGCAUAAAUGUUUUACGACUUCAUAUACAACAAAUAUAAAUGUAUAUCAAAUAUGGUCGCGCUUUAUAAACCAAUUUAAAACGUAUUACUAAAUCGCAAAUCUUUCAAUGGAAUGUGACUUUUUUAGGUCUCUGCUGAGUAAAACAAAUAUUAAAAACCAAGCAAAGGCUACAUAAAUCAUAUAAUAUGAUACAAAAUUAAGAUGGGAUCCCCUAAUUGUACGCGUAUUUGUAAAUUAUUUCAAAAUGCAAAUAAAUAACAGCCUAGGAUGGAAAUUAUAUUUAUUUGAUAAAUUAGUAAAAGGAGAACACAAAAUACACAGUUCUAUGUACAAUGGACAAACCGAAAACUUUUAAAUUGCUUGAAUAAAAAGAAGAAAAC